CCGCCCGCGUGACCCGAACGCCCGGGCCGGCGCUUCCGGAGCGGUUGUGGUUGGGAUAUAAGGCGCCGAGGCCGAGGCGCGCUCGGCUCUGGGCGUUAGCUUCGUCUGCGCGGCGCCCCGCCCGUCCCCCAGAUUUGGCAUUCGACACUGAAGUCAUCAUGAACUUUUUCCAACUCCUGAGGAAAAAGAAGGAGCUUAUUCCUUUGGUGGCGUUCAUGACCGUGGCGGCGACUGGAGCUACGUCUUUUGCUCUAUAUUCCCUUCGAAAAACCGAUGUGAUCUUUCUUUUAUUUUUAGCAUUGAUCGAAAAAGAAAUCCAGAACCUUGGGAAACUGUGGAUCCUAGUGUACCUACAAAGCUGUGGUUUUAGGUCCAGAAUCCAAUCCAAAGUCCACUUGUUGCCCUGAGUCCUCGAUAAAUAUUGGGUCAUGAGAACGACUGCAGAGGAGCUUGUUUCAAACUGCUGUCUCUACAGAAUUUGAUCUGGAUAAGAUUCUCUUUGAUGUGGACUUUGACCUUUUUUAAUGUGAGAUAUCAAAAUGACAUUCUCGUAUAAUUUAAAUAUUUAAGAAGUUGUACGAUUACUGAGCAUUCAUUAUGUGGAGGGCAUUGUGCUGGCCUCAAGGAUCUGACAUAGGAAAGGGAGACACACUUAGGAACAAAUCAAAGCAAUACAGUGACAAUAAAGCCAGGAUAGAAAGAAGCACAUGGUACAAAGGAAAGUUUUCCCAAGAAGAUGGAUUCUGAAAGACUAAUCAGUCUAGUUUCUUGAAAAACCAGUAGUGAGAAGUCAGCAGGGCAAUUGAAGUAGAGGUGCGUAUUGACCAAGGCAUAAGGGGUCAAAAUAACAUACUUUCUGGAAACUUGGAGUAGUAUAACACAUGGAAUUUAAUAUUGGACUAUAAAGCAGGAUAGGUGGAAUACGUAGGACCUUUUAUGCUAUUAUCCUGCAGGUACAAAGGAACCAGAAAAGGGUUUUAAGUUGGGGAAAGAGAGAAUACAGUUUACUUAAUGGAGUAUGGGCUAUAGCAACGAGAGGUGGGGGGUGCGCAUUGGAAGGGACUUUGGUUGGAGGCCAGAGACCAGCUGCUGCCAGUGGCCCAGGGUACAGACAGUAAGGCCAUAACCAACCAAGGCAGUGGUGGAGGGAAUGAAAAAAAGAGGCUGCAUUGGAGAGCAAAUGACGAGAAGACCUCAAGGCUCAUUGGAUGUAGCUGAGGGAUAUCCAAAAUGACUCCAAAUUUCUCACCUGAGAGUAGCUGGGUGCGUGGUGGUGCCAAGACGGAAAAUAUAGGAGCAAAAAAAUAGAAUGUUCAAGGGAGGGGCAGAUAAGGAAGAAAAUGAGUUAGGCCUUGGAAUCCUGUUGGGAGCCAGGGAGCUAUCUAUGUAAAUUACUUCUAGAGAGCUGCAACGGGGCGUGAGCUGGAGACAGUUUGUGGGGUGGUAAAACCAAGGGCGUGGAUGAGAUUGCCUACUGGGGGCAGAGGGGAGAGGGCAUGUAAAGUGACAUGAAGACUGAGCAGAGAGGGACAUCGUCAUGAAAGACAUGGGCAGGGGAAGAGGGUCUGGUCCCUGAUGGGGAUGGGGAGAAAUGGUUAGGGAAGGAGGACCGGGAGAUGCGUCCUGGAGCCUAGAGAGGGGAGCUCUACCCUGUCAGGAGUUGUUCCAGUUGGCAAUUAAACCAAAGCCUGGAGUCCUUUCAGCUUUAUGGCCGUGAGCCUUACGCCAACAUCUAUAAUUCUCUCACAUGAGAAACAAGAUGUGAAGGAAGCUUUCUGAAUAAAAAACUUAAAAUCCUGUUCCAUAUCGCUAAAGACUGGAGUGAGGUCUAAUUAAAUACUCAUUCGCCAUCGUUUUUUAUUUUCUUGGGGAAAUUCUCUCACAUCUUAGUUGGGACUUUCUGGUAGAGAAUGAAAUUACAUGCUCUGAAAUCAGACCUCUCUGCCACUUAGUACCUGUGUCGCUUUGGACAAACCUCAGGUUCCUCAUCUAUAAAAUUGGGUUAAUUUGUACCUGCUUGGGUUAGUUGUGAAGAUUAUGUGAGAUAAUAAAGUAGUUAACGUGGUGUUUGACAUGUACUAGUUGUUCAAUAAGUGUUCCCUUCUCUCUUUUUAAAAAAUGAUUAUCGCUAUAAAGUAGAACACUCUUAAUGUGUUUAAAAUUAUAUUCUUCCCUGAGUGGGAACAUUGCCUGUUUGAAAUUCACACAUAGCUCUUCUGGUGAUGGCUCCACCUUAGUUCACAACGCCCCAGUGAUAAACCUUUGCUGGAGCACACCCAUAGGUAAAUGUACCCCACCUUGACGCCAACCUAUGUAGACACCUGGCCAAAGAUAAGAGCCACUGCGUCUAUGCCCACAUAGAGGAUCUCCCAUCCAGAAAAGACAUAGCAACAAAAAUAGUUACAUAUAUAUACAUGUUAUACAAUAUAUAAAUAUAUCCUUAGAGACAAAUCUCCAUAUUAAUAAUCACGAUAUUCACACAAGCACGUUACAUAUAUCCUCACAUUCAAAAGUGAUGGUGUGCGGUUUGAAUAGGAAGGAGGGUGAAAUGAACGCAUGUACCUAAGAUAGCAGGAGGCGUUGGGAUUCGUUUUUCUGGUAAUUAUCCCUUAUAAUGUGUUUUCCCCAUGCUUAGAAAGCUGCCUCAAGCAAUGAUAUAAUUUCUCUCUAGAAACUAAGGCUUUUUGUUUUGUUUUGGUGGUGUGUUACUACAUCAUCUGCCUGUGUGCAUAUACUUAGCUACAAAAUGAAAAUUAGAAUAAAAUUAAGGAAAACCCCAAAUUUGAUAACUCUCGCACACACUCAAAAACCAAUUUGCUCAUUCACCUACUAUGACUUAUAAUAUAUGUAUAUAUAAUAAAAUACUGCUUAUUUGAAGAGAGGAAGUACUGUUUAAAAAAUUAAACUCCACUUUUUUGUAUUUAUAUCGA